UAUUCAGUUUGUUUGUGUAGCUAAUAGAGUAUGCUUACAAGUCACUUUUUCCUGAGAAUUUUGUAUGUGCGAGCAUUUUUUCCAUGAUUUUAUCUCAUCAGCCAAAUAGAAAGUUUGACACUUUCAAAAUUGACGACUGCUUGAGGACAGAGUACUCAUCCCUUCCUAGUUCCUUCCCAUAUCCCGUGCAAUAAGUGCAACAACAAGUCAACAACUUCUAGUAAACCUCAAGAAUCAAAGAUAAGAUUCGAACAAGGAAUCCACUACUCUUCUUCCCUGUCUUCACCACCACACAAACAAGCAUGGAGAAUUUCAGAAAGAACAGAGUCCCCAUAGAGACGACCCUCUCUAUGACACUGUUGUUGUUGUUGUUCUUGUUGUUCUCUCUAGAGGUUAACUCAUACGAGUACGACCCUGUUGAUAAUCUUGCUAUCAACUGCGGCUUCUCCGGAAGCAUCACCUUCUUUGAGAGAAACUGGGUUGGAGACAUUGACACCAAAUUCAUCGAACCACAAACAGAGCAACCCUCUGUCACAUCCAGCGCUUCAUCAACCCCUUCUUCAGUCGACCAAGUACCCUUCGCCACUGUACGCCACUCUCAAUCAAAAUUCACAUACUCUUUUCCAGUCUCAAACGGCCCCAAGUUCCUUCGCCUCCAUUUUUAUCCAACCACUUAUGCUAACUUUGAACCAAACAACGCCCUCUUCUCUGUCACAGUUGGCAACCUCACCCUUCUCAAACACUUCAACGCCUCACUUUGGGUCAACAGAGAUGAUGAUAACUAUUUGACAGUCACCAAAGAAUACAUCAUCAACGUGGAAACAGGGGAGAGGCUAAACGUGACUUUCACUCCAACCACCACCACUUCUUAUGCUUUUAUCAACGGGAUUGAGGUCGUGUCCAUGCCUCCAUACCUCUAUUACACCGAUCCCAACGACUCAGAUCCAAGUGAUGAUUUGAAGUUGUUGGGUCGUGGCACCCAAUCUGGAAUUGAUACCCACAAAGCUUUGGAGACAAUUUACAGAGUCAAUGUUGGAGAGAACCAGAUUUCACCGCAUGAUGACACAGGCAUGUUCCGGUACUGGGAAAACGAUUCUCCUCGCUACUUGGAGCACGAAUACCCAGGCAGUUAUCAAUCUGGCUUUAACGUUCAGCUGAACUACAAACACAACUCUGUUCCGAAUUACACUGCACCGGAGAAUGUUUACAAAACCGCAAGAAGCUACGGCAAGUAUGCAGAUGCCGCGGCGAAUUACAACGUAACGUGGAAUUUUGAAGUUGACUCGGAGUUUACUUACAUGGUGAGGUUACAUUUCUGCGAGUUUGAAUAUUGGCUCAUCAAAAACGUUGGGGAUAGAGUUUUCCAGAUUUUCAUAGGUGACACUUUGGCUGAGCACAACGCAGAUGUGAUUGUCUGGAGUGCGAGUAGUAACUUAGUUCCUGUUCACAGGGAUUAUGCUCUGCCUCUGUACUCCCAAGGAGGAUCUUCAUCUCAGAGUAAGAAAAUCAAUCUUUCAAUCAAGCUGCGAAGACUGCCAAAGAGUAUGAUCACCAGAUACCAUGAUGUCAUAUUGAAUGGUAUUGAGAUUUUCAAAAUCAGUGAUGAUGCAGAUAACAAUCUCGCCGGACCCAAUCCCCAACCACAACCAGUUCUAUCUCCGCCGCAGCAAGUGCUAUUGCCAUCCAAAAACUCGAACAACACCAUAGUUAUAAUAGUGGUUGUUGUGGUUGCAGUUUCAUUUCUCAUCCUAGCAUUUGCUAUGGGCGUCUUAGUUUUCCUGAGACGAAGAAGAAGAUCUCGUGAUACGGAGGACACAAAGAAAGAAGGCUCGACGUCUCUUCCAUCUCAUCUCUGCCGCUACUUCACAAUUGCAGAGAUCAGAGCUGCAACAAACAACUUCGAUGAGGUUUUCAUCAUCGGUGUUGGAGGGUUCGGAAACGUGUACAAAGGCUACAUUGACGGAGGGUUCACACCAGUUGCGAUCAAACGCCUUAAAUCGGGUUCUCAACAAGGUGUGAACGAGUUCUUGAACGAGAUCGAAAUGCUCUCUCAGCUUCGUCACGUUCAUUUGGUGUCACUAAUCGGUUACUGCAAUGACGGUGUGGAGAUGAUUCUCGUGUAUGAUUUCAUGCAACACGGAACUCUCCGUGAGUGUCUCUAUCACUCUGAUAGUAUCCAACCUCUCACGUGGAAGCAGAGGCUGGAGAUUUUACUGGGUGCGGCGAGGGGGUUACACUAUCUCCACGCGGGUGCAAAGCAUAAUAUCAUUCACCGCGACGUGAAGAGCACGAACAUCUUGUUGGAUGAGAAAUGGGUGGCUAAAGUUUCAGAUUUCGGGUUGUCAAAGGUGGGCCCCACGGGGACGUCGAUGACCCACGUUAGCACGGUGGUGAAGGGUAGUUUUGGGUAUUUGGACCCAGAGUACUACAAGCGUCAAAGAUUGACGCUCAAGUCUGAUGUGUACUCAUUUGGUGUGGUGCUUCUUGAGGUGUUGAGUGCGAGGCCACCUUUGGUUCGUAAUCUGGAGAAGAAUAAGGUGAGUUUGGUGGAUUGGUUUCGGAGAUGUUAUGAACAAGGAGGGAUUUAUGAGAUUGAAGAGAUUGUGGAUCCGUAUCUAAAGGAUUCUAUUUCGGAUGAUUGUUUGAGAUGUUAUUGCCAGAUGGCAUUGAGUUGUUUGCAUGAUGAUGGGAAUCAACGACCUGCGAUGAGUGAUGUGGUUGGGGUUUUGGAGUUUGCAUUGCAGUUGGUGGUGGUGAGUGAGGAAGAUAGGAGGAGGAGAUUUGGUGGGACCCAAGAAGAGGGGAUAGAAAGUGAGCAAAGGUUAUCACGGUUUAUAGGUGAUGGUGAUCAUGAGAGUGGUGGUGUGCUUUUCACUAGUAGUGAUGAUUUUGGGUCUGGGACUAGCAAGGUGACCACAGUCUCUGCCAGUACCGAAGAAGAAAACCCUUUGGUUUCAGCUACGGUGUUCUCUGAGAUUGGAAAUCCAAGUGCACGGUGAAGGGCGUCCUAGUAAACAACAGUGAAAUAAGGUUAGUCAUGAUGAGCAAUUGGUGUAGGAAAAACAUGUACUCUCACUUAUUUUAUGGGAUUAUUUUCUCAUGUUAGUUAAAGACUUAGAAGUAAGAAUAAAGUUUCAUUCAUCUCCCUAGUGGAAAUGAGUUGGAUACGUAGGAAGAAAAAAGAGAAAGUUAAAGUAUGUUUAGGUGGUAUGAUUGGAAGAAAAGAAAAAGAUGAAUAUAAAGGUGAAAAUGACAAUGAAUGAGAGUGUGAAUGAACCAAAAUUCUUGAA